AUGGCCGACAAACGACCCACCGCCAUUUGUUCGGGUGAGCUGCCGCUAGACGGCAAGGAAAGAGAGGGAAACGAUAUGGAGAGCUGCCCGGACUCGUCCAUCUUGAAAUGGCACUUCCUGAUCGAAGGCCCCCCGGACACGUCGUAUGCCGGCGGCGUCUACUGGGGGCAGAUUGAGAUGCUGAAGGAAUAUCCGUUUGAGCCGCCCUUGGUCCGCUUUCGCACUCCCAAUGGCCGAUUUCAGGUCGACACCUGGCUGUGCCGGACGCAGCUGGACUACCAUCCAGAGGGCUGGCAACCUCCAUGGACCAUUGCUAGCCUCCUCGUUGCACUUCUGGCUCUGUUCUGCAGCGACGCUUUCACCACCGGCCUCGUACAGCCUCCGGCCACUGAGUCCGAGAAGAGGCGUCUGGCUGCUGGUUCUCUGCAGUGGAAUCGCGGUGUGGCCGCUUUCCUGAACGCCUUUCCAAGUUAUGGCAGCAAUGGGUGA